CACAAUACUGCAAAUUGGAUAAGCAUGGGAAGAAGUACGUGGACAGCACGCAGCUGCCGAACAUGCCUCAAAAGAAAAAUCAAGUGCGACAAAGUCAAACCGCACUGUCGCCAGUGCCAAGCCUCAUCUAGAAAAUGCGAGGGAUAUUCUCAACUAGUCAAUCAAACACUCCUUUCAACAAUCACUCCUUAUGAACAUAAACCUCUUUCAGCCUGCCAACAUUGGACACAACUUUUGUCUUUGUUUUUGACUGACUAUCUCCCCGUAAACCACUCGCCAAGACAAGUGCAGUAUUGCUCGUCUGUUUCCUGGGUCGAGACAUUCCCAAAACUGAUGAAUUCAAACUUACAUUCUAUAUGUGGCGUCGCUUUAACGGCAUUGAUACUCGUUCAUAAUGGUAGAGCGCAGAAAAAUGAGGUAUGGGUACGAGAAGGUGAGAUAUACUACUCAUCAGCCGUGGAGGAAAUCUGCUCUUGGAAGCGGAUCAUGGAUCCGUCUGAAGUCAUUCGCACUGCCAUGGUUCUAGCUCUUUAUGAGGCGUACACUUCCUAUCCCAGAGAGGUAUACAAGUGGAGAGUACAUGUUCGGGCGGCUUGCAACUUUGCCACAGAAUCUAGUUUGUAUAAACCAGAUCUAGGUUUGAGAAAGUACGACAUUUACAGGCUUGAGACUAUUCAGUUUCUUUCCAGUUUCAUGCUUGACCACGAAGAGGCUCCAUGGCAGUCAUUUUCGAAUAUAUUCGAGAAGGCAGGGCAGCAUUCAACAGACAUUUUUGGCUUUCUUCUGAAUAUCCUACCCGAAGUCAGUCAAAUGUACGAAGAGGUCAAGCAUAUGCAAGAGAUCGAUAACAGCACGAGCGCUACCUGUCCAAAAGGACUUUUGCACAAAUGCCUUGAUACUGAAAAGAAACUUCUGGGUUGGUACAAAGAGUUAACCUCAGUACAUGAUGGCCCUUUAUUCCUAUUCACGAAGUCGCCUAGUGGUGAAAAAAAUAGCCACUCGAUAUCAAUAAAAUUUCCAAACACCUCAAUCAUACCGCAUUUGAUGAUAUAUUGGCUUAGUAUGGUGAUGACAUAUACUUGUAUUUGUACAGCGAUUCUCGCUGGAGCGGAAUCGUUCCAAAAUUCUUUCCAAAUAGAAGAAGGCCGUUUGAAAAAGCGAGGCAUCAACGAUUUCAUCUCUCUUUACACCCAUUACAUACUACACAUAUCCCAGUCCCAAUUGGAAUGCAUGAACAGAGAGUUGGGUAUUGCAUUGAUUUCUUCGGCAACCUCACUGGCUGUUCUACAGACGUCUUCAAUAUCAAACGAGAGACUGUCUGGUGUUUUCGACUCUAGAAGGGACAUCGACUUUGUAUCGGAAGACCCGACUUGCUAUUCAAAUAGGCCUUGGUGUCUUAAAUAAAGAGGAAUAUCAAUCUUGCUUUUUAUUUAAAAUCAAUGUCUUUAUUUGUUCCUGUAUUGAAAAGAUGCCAAUAUACAUUUAUGGUUUUCGACUGGUAUUACGACAAAUCCACUCCUACCUCCACCUGGUCGC